CGCCCCCCCGGCGGAUCCGCCCCAGGUUCCUGCGAAUCCCCAGCGGCGGACGACUCCGGACUCUGUCUGCCUGGUCUCCACUUCGGCGCGAUUUCCACCCUAGAGACGGAGAUCUCAAGAGAUGGCUGCCCAGUGUGUUACAAAGGUGGAGCUGAAUAUUUCCUGUGACAAUCUUUUGGAUGCAGACAUAGGAUCAAAGUCCGACCCUCUAUGCGUGCUGUUUUUGAAUACAAGUGGUCAACAGUGGUAUGAGGUUGACCGCACAGAAAGGAUUAAGAAUUGCUUGAAUCCCAAAUUUUCCAAGACGUUUAUUAUUGAUUACUACUUUGAAGUGGUUCAGAAGUUGAAAUUUGGAAUUUAUGACAUCGACAACAAAACCAUCGAGCUGAGCGAUGAUGACUUCUUAGGAGAAUGUGAAUGCACCCUUGGACAGAUUGUUUCCAGUAAGAAGCUAACUCGACCACUGGUGCUUAAAAAUGGCAGACCUGCAGGGAGAGGAAGCAUCACGAUUUCAGCUGAAGAAAUAAAGGAUAACAGAGUAGUCUUGUUUGAAAUGGAAGCAAGAAAACUGGAUAAUAAGGAUCUAUUUGGAAAAUCAGAUCCAUACUUGGAAUUCCACAAGCAGACAUCUGAUGGAAACUGGCUAAUGGUUCAUCGAACGGAGGUUAUUAAAAACAACUUGAAUCCUGUUUGGAGGCCUUUUAAGAUCUCUCUUAACUCCCUGUGCUAUGGAGAUAUGGACAAAACGAUUAAGGUAGAGUGUUAUGAUUAUGACAAUGAUGGGUCACAUGAUCUCAUUGGAACAUUUCAAACCACCAUGACAAAGCUGAAAGGAGCCUCCAGAAACUCACCUAUUGAAUUUGAAUGCAUAAAUGAAAAAAAGAGGCAAAAGAAGAAAAGCUAUAAGAAUUCAGGGAUUAUCAGUGUGAAACAGUGUGAGAUUACAGUGGAAUGCACGUUCCUUGAUUAUAUCAUGGGAGGAUGUCAGCUGAAUUUUACUGUGGGCGUGGACUUCACUGGCUCCAACGGUGACCCACGUUCUCCUGACUCCCUUCAUUACAUCAGCCCCAAUGGCGUUAAUGAGUAUUUGACUGCCAUCUGGUCUGUGGGAUUGGUUGUUCAAGACUACGACGCUGAUAAGAUGUUUCCAGCUUUUGGAUUUGGAGCUCAGGUGCCUCCUCAGUGGCAGGUUUCACAUGAAUUCCCGAUGAACUUUAAUCCAUCCAAUCCCUACUGUAAUGGAAUCCAAGGCAUUGUAGAGGCAUAUCGGGCCUGCCUUCCUCAGAUAAAACUCUAUGGACCAACGAAUUUUUCUCCAAUCAUAAAUCACGUGGCCAGGUUUGCAGCUGCAGCCACACAACAACAGACGGCUUCGCAAUAUUUUGUGCUCUUAAUCAUUACCGAUGGCGUGAUCACAGACCUGGAUGAGACCAGACAAGCCAUUGUUAAUGCUGCCAAGCUGCCAAUGUCCAUCAUCAUUGUUGGAGUUGGAGGUGCCGACUUCAGUGCCAUGGAGUUUCUGGAUGGCGAUGGCGGAAGUCUCCGCUCCCCAUCCGGCGAGGUAGCCAUCAGGGACAUCGUCCAGUUUGUGCCUUUCCGGCAGUUCCAGAACGCUCCCAAAGAAGCGCUUGCUCAGUGUGUCUUGGCGGAGAUCCCCCAGCAGGUGGUGGGUUACUUCAACACAUACAAACUCCUUCCUCCCAAGAACCCGGCUGCCCAGUGAAAGGAGCUGUGUGGUCUGUGGUCACCGCAGCGGGAUUCUUCUGUGCUGUGUGGGGCGACGGCUUCCUCUCUGACACCAGAUCAUGAAUCUGUCAUUUUGCCUGGUUUUCCCCAACCCCAGCAUUUAGGAUAUAAACCUGGUUCUGUGGAUUAUUCUUUUUAUGCUUUUUGGGGAGGAAAGUGCUAAGUUAAUCUUUGCCCAGUCAAUUCAGUGAUUGCUAGUAAUUGCGGUGAGGCUGUUUGCUCAGGAACCAGUGUGAGAAAAGCAGAUUUUGUCGUGGUGGUUGUUUGCUUUCAUAGGAUGAAAAUGGUGUUUUUGAGUAUAUGUUAAUUGAAAGAAUCGCAAAUUGUUAGAAUGAUGGGAUUUACAGAUGGGUAUACACUGUUUGCUCCAGGCAAUAAAUGUUUUAUAAGCCAAUGUUCAUAGCUGAUGACAAGAGCUUCUUGAAUUAGAUAGUGUUAGAGGGGAAGAUAUAGCUUAGUGGUAGAGUGUGUGUUUGGCAUGCAUGAGGUCCUGGGUUCAAUCCCCGGUGCCUCCAUUAAAAAAAUAAUAAUGAUCAAUAAACCUAAUUACCUCCCCCCUCCCCCCCAAAAAACUGAAUUAAAUUAGAUGAUAUUGAAUUUGUUCCUAUAACUAUAUUUAGUGCUUUUCCAUGGGAUAGAACUAACUUCACUUGUACCUGAAUUUUGCUGCAGUUCAGACAUGCAUAGUUCAACGCAGCAUGCAUUCCUACAGGACUUCAUGAAAAAUACUAUGAGAAGGGAAGGCAUACAUUCAGUUCUUAAAAUUGUACAAUCAUCACGUAAAAAGAGCCUCAUGUAAGUAAGCCCUUUUUAUUUCCCUUCCUAGAUCUUUUAUUUUCAUUAUGGAAUACUAUAAACAUGGUCAGAUGCAAACUCUUCCCUGCCUGUAUGAGACACUCAGGAUUCUUUUUCUGCAGAGAUGACAGAUUGUCCUAGAUUGAGCGUUGUUACCUUAUUUUAAUUGGAGUUUGUCAAAAUGGUCAGCCCUGCUUUGUCUAGGAAAGCUGUAAGGACAAAACAGAAGGAGAAAUUCAGAAUUCCAUUUCCUUAAAACUAAUGAAAGUCUUAGUUAUUAAAAAAAAAUUUUUUUUUACUUUCCUUGCUAAGAUCCCAUAUAUUGAUUUGUAUACUUGUAUAAAUUCAUUAAGAUAUUCUCUCCUUUUUUUCUUUUUUUUUUUCGGUAACACUUUUAGUCUGAUUUUUUAAACUCAUGAUAGUGGUUAUUAAUUAAAAUCCCAUUUGACAUUUUAAUAAUGUGCUAUUUCCUAAGCCCAGAAUAUUUUGUAUUAAGCGUAAAACCUGUUGUAAUUAGAAACAAAAAAUCCAACUGUUGCAUAGGAUGGAGUGGUUGUUACAUGCUUUUUAUUAGAGUAGAAUUUUUUUCCUAAUUUUUACCUUUAGAACGUAAUUCUUAGCAAGUGUUACAUGUUCAGAAUAGAUUCAAUAACGUCUUACUGAGGACCUGUGCACUAAGUACUGUGCAUAUCCGUAUAGUGGCCACUCAUCUUUAACAUUCGCAACUGUGUGUUCAUCACACAUCCUUCAGUGGAUCCACCCUGUGCCAUUCAUUCCUGUCACUGUUGUUGAAAACAUGCACCACAGCUCAUGUCUUUUGUUCCCUGAAAUUUCUGAAAGACGUGAGCUCUCAGCCGUGAGCAGCUCUUGGCUUCUCGGAAACAGCUCAUUGCCAAGGUCAGGCUGAGGAGAGGGGGACCUGCUUGCCAUCGUGGUUGCCUCGUCCAGGUGAGCCGUUACCACCCUCCCGCUCGGCCGGCUGGCCCCUGGGUGUGUGCUGUUGACCUGAAGGCAUUAAUGAGCAGUCUGUUACCCUGUAGCAUGUCUCCUUAGUUGACACGUCCCUUUGACAUCAGUUAGGGGA